AUGGCUCUUCCAAACGGGAUGGCGCAUUUUCGCACCCGUAACAUAUUUCGAAACCCUGCUUUGUUUUACCACGCUGUCAAAAACACCGAAACGAACUUCGUUCCUGAACAUGCGUCGAGCAGAGGUACUUACAAGGAAUUCAAUGAGCUUGGUCUAGAGUCCGAACUAGGUUGCAUUGUAAGAGGUCCGCAUACCGCCAGCGGCUAUGACGACGUGACAUAUGGGCAUGUCGUUGCCUUUCUGCAGGACCCCAUUAAUGGCCAUGAUAAAGCGAUCGUGAGUAUUGAAGUGUCUGCUGCCUCUCAUGCAGGAGUUGGCGGCGAUAAACCCGCCACAUGCAUCAUCAACCGCACUUUUCACCUGCGCUGGGACGAAAUUACAAGCCAGCACCUCCACCUUUCCCUUCGUGACUACACUCCGAACGAAUUCUGCAACAUGCUUCGGGAGGCGAGCCUCGUUUCGUCGUGCUGCAACCGCAUUCACGCGCUGACUCUAGUGCUCGCUCCAGCGCAUCGUCUUUGUCCCUCUCCGUACCCGCCUGAUACACAAAACAGAGAGCAUGUCGAAACCGUCAACGGCAUCCUUCGCCACGCCGUCACAUUUGUUCACGUCACGUCGACUGCCACAGUCCGCUACGAGCAUGACGACGCGCUCAAGGUCUUUGAGCUCGUGGUGCCCUUCUCUCAGCUAGAGGUGCUCAGGAACGAGGUGGGUAGGAACCAGAGCAUUGCGAUGGAUGUCGUGGACACCUACUUGUUCUGCAUGCCGCCGGAUGACGUGGCGCACGACUUGCUCUACAGGGAGAGCAGCCUGCCUCCGAAGUUUGCGUGCGAGGGUACGACCCGCGUGUCUCGCAGACAGUGGGCCGUGGCGCAGAAGAGGGCCACCGACACCCACUUGUGGGAGAGAGUGAUUCCUACCUUUUCGUGUCCUUGCCGCAAGCGCUAUAUGGACAGCCGAGGCAGGGCGUACUGUGCAUUCCACGCGGAUCCUAGUCUUCAAUAA